AUGGACCACCGAUCAGUCUACAGCUUGCCCGUCCUUGCACCGGAAGAUCAGGGCGAUGAUACCCGCCAGCAGCUGCAAGCACAGCUGAUGCAAUUUAUCCUACAAUUUCGACUCGAUAGCGUGUUUAUUUAUCGUGACCAGAUCCGCGAGAAUGUCCUGCUGAAGCAAUACUACUGCGACGUCGAUGUUGGCCACUUGAACUCUUUCAACGAAGAACUCGCACACAGACUUAGUAAGGAACCAGCGGAAAUAAUCCCACUCUUCGAGGCAGCUCUAAAGAAGUGUACGCAUCGAAUCGUAUACCCUUCCGAGCCGGAUAAGCAACUCCCCGAACAUCAACUCCUCCUCCAUUCCGCAGCUAGUGAUAUCUCUAUUAGAAAUCUCGACGCGCUUGCCAUCUCUCAAUUAGUCUGUGUUCCAGGAAUUGUGAUUGGCGCAUCAGUACUCUCCUCAAAAGCAACUGCGCUUCACAUUCAAUGCCGAAAUUGUCGUUCAAUAAAGGUUCUGCCUGUUGCUGGCGGUUUCGCUGGUGUCUCCCUACCGAGAUUUUGCGAAAGACAAUCCGAACUGCAAGAGGACAAGUGCCCGAUGGAUCCAUACGUCGUGGUUCAUGAGAGCUCUCAAUUCGUUGAUCAGCAGAUAAUCAAGCUUCAAGAGGCCCCAGAUCAGGUUCCGGUUGGAGAGCUGCCUCGACAUGUACUCAUCUCCACGGACAGAUACCUGACGAAUCGCGUAGUUCCUGGAUCAAGAUGCACGAUUACUGGCAUUUUCUCGAUUUACCAAAACAAACAAUCAAAGGGGUCCAGCACAACCUCAGCCGUAGCUAUCAGAACACCCUACCUACGAGCAGUAGGAAUCCACACCGAUGUAGAUACCACGGCUAAAGGAAACGCCAUCUUCUCGGAGGAGGAAGAGCAAGAGUUCCUGACCAUGAGCAGAAGAUCUGACCUCUACGAAAUAUUUGCAAACUGCAUUGCUCCAUCGAUUUAUGGAAACCAGGAUAUCAAGAAAGCCAUUGCUUGCUUGCUCCUCGGUGGAUCAAAGAAGAUCCUCCCAGACGGAAUGAAGCUACGUGGAGAUAUCAACGUCCUCCUCCUUGGUGACCCCGGUACGGCAAAGUCUCAGCUGUUGAAAUUCGUUGAGAAAGCCGCUCCAAUCGCCAUCUACACAUCCGGAAAAGGUUCCUCAGCAGCAGGUCUCACAGCUUCCGUUCAGCGCGAUCACACAACGCGAGAAUUCUAUCUGGAAGGAGGGGCCAUGGUGUUAGCCGACGGAGGAGUAGUAUGUAUCGACGAGUUCGACAAGAUGCGAGACGAGGACAGAGUAGCCAUCCAUGAAGCCAUGGAACAGCAGACCAUCUCGAUCGCAAAGGCCGGUAUUACCACGAUCCUCAAUGCUCGCACAUCAGUGCUGGCAGCCGCAAAUCCUAUUUUCGGACGCUACGACGAUCUGAAAACCCCAGGCGAGAACAUUGAUUUUCAAACCACGAUUCUCUCUCGUUUCGACAUGAUUUUCAUUGUCAAGGACGAGCAUGAUCGUGGCCGAGAUAUCAAGAUCGCUAAGCACGUUAUGGGUAUUAACAUGGGCGGAAGAGGCGUAGAAGAGCAAGCCGAGGCUGAAAUCUCAGUCGACAAGAUGAAACGAUAUAUCAGUUACUGCAAAUCACGCUGCGCCCCCCGCCUCUCCCCCGAGGCCGCCGAAAAGCUCUCUUCUCACUUCGUCUCGAUCAGAAAGCAAGUCCACGCUGCUGAACUAGCCUCCAACGCACGCUCCUCGAUCCCCAUCACCGUCCGCCAACUCGAAGCCAUCAUCCGCAUCUCCGAGUCCCUGGCCAAGCUCUCCCUCUCUACCAUAGCAACGGAGCAACACGUCGACGAAGCCAUCCGCCUCUUCCUCGCCUCCACCAUGGACGCCGUCAAGAUGGGCUCUGGCCAGGGCAGCAAGGAGCUGAACGACGAAGUGAAUAAGGUGGAGGACGAGCUGAAGAAGCGCCUGCCGAUUGGGUGGAGCACGAGUCUCAGCACGCUGAAGCGGGAGCUGUGCGAUGGCAAAGGGUACAGCGAGCAAGCGCUGCAACGGGCCAUUACGAUACUGCAAAGACGAGACACGGUUACGAUUCGGGGCCAGGGCAGCCAGGUUUAUAGGAGUGGUGCUUAA